AUGGCUACUCGAGGGGAUUAUGCUAGAAGGAAUAGGAGGGAGAUUGGCGAACAAAAAGCUCUCCCUCAAGCUCCUCAAGCUCCGGUCAACCCUUUGGUCAAGCAACUGACAAAUGCGGAAUUUAGGGCUGUUUUUCAAGUAUUGGCUCAAGCCAUGAUGGGCCAAGUCAAUAGGGAGGUUGCGGUUCCCGUAAACCUAAAUGUUGGUAUGACGACAUCUAGAGUGAAGGACUUCACUAGGAUUAAUCCUCCAGAGUUUCAUAAUUCUACGGUUGAGGAAGAUCCCCAAGAGUUUAUUAGUGAGGUUUAUAAGGUAUUGAUGAUUAUGGGAGUUACGCCGCUGGAAAAGGUGGAGUUUGCUGCUUAUCAACUAGAAGUCUUACGAUACAAGAAGCUGAGGAAUAGAGAAGAAUUUAGAAACAAGGAAGGUGAGAGAUGGAAUAAGUCUGGGAAGCGAAGGAGUAAUGUGAACUGGUCAUCCUUCCAACAUAAGCAAAAGGGACCGACUCCAUCAUCUUCUAGUGCACUUGCACCAAGGAACAAAGCACAAGGAGGUAAUUGGACUCCUAUAUGUUCUAAGUGUGGUAGUAACCACCCGAGUGCUUGUCGCGAUGGCUCCACUGGUUGUUUCAAGUGUGGCGAAGAGGGUCACUUUAUGGAAGAGUGUCCUAAGAACAGGCAGGGAAAUGGAAAUAGUGGCAAUAGAGCCCAAUCUUCUUCAAUUACUCCUCCAGACAAGGCUGCACCUAGAGGAGCUACUUCGAGGACUGUCGGAGGAGCAAACUGCCAAUAUGCUAUCACUAGUCACCAAGAGAAAGAGAAUUCUCCAAAUGUUGUUACUCGUGUAAUCAAAUUCAUUACUUUUGAUGUUUAUGCUUUACUCUAUCCAGGAGCGAGUCUAUCUUUAGUAACUUGA